AUGGGCAAAGAACUGCAAUUAGCGUAUCGUAGGGGAUUACCGUAUCCAAUGUUGAAAUUAUUGGAAUAUUUUAGUCUUAAUGAAGGAGCGUUUGACUGGGGACGCAAGUAUCGUUUGGCGGGACACUACGCUGGUGCUGCAUUAUGGAUGGGAUUCGCGAUCUGGAUUCUUCAAGUGAUAAUUCUGUGUGCUGCCCCACAUAACUAUUCGAAAGUGGCAAUUUUCUCGGGAGUGUUCAUGUUGAUCGGUGUACUUCUUUAC